AUGCCUCAGUCCUCACGAGAAUCCAGGUUUUCAACGCGCGAGGGCGACGAUUCGCGCCGUCAUGGCUCUUCACGCCACGAAGAGCGGCCACGGCGCCACCGCGACAAGAGAUCCCUCUCGCCAGAUGGAAGCCCGCACAGACACUCGUCUGACCGCAGGAAAAGAGGAGCGUCUCCCGGAGACAGAGACAGAGACAAAGACCGGGACAGGGACAGGGAAAGGGAGCAUAAGAAGCGACGCCGCUCGGCUGAAGGAUACCACCACCAUCACCACCAUCGCCACCACUCGUCGAGUCGUACAGAGAAGCCCAUCGCCGCAGAGCUGCCCUACGGGGCGCGGCACCUCUCAAAGGACGACUUGAAGGCGUUUGAGCCGCUGUUUGGGGAGUACCUGAGCCUGCAGAAGCAGCGCGACAUUGCGGACAUGGACGAGCGGGAGGUUCGCGGCCGGUGGAAGAGCUUCGUGGGGAAGUGGAAUCGGGGGGAGCUGGCAGAGGGGUGGUAUGAUCCUGAGAUGUUCCAGCGGAUACUUGCGCGGUUUCCGCAGCAUGAAGGAGACGAGGGACAGCAGCAGCAGCAGCAGCACCCUCCACGAAAUGCGUCAUUGGAAGACGACCGUUCUGACAGCGGUGGCGACGACAGCGAGGACGAAGACUACGGCCCUGUCCUUCCCGGGAUGUCGGGUGGAAGUCGCCGGGCUGGCGUUGGGAUUCCGAACAAGGAAGAUCUUGCUCUACGAGAUGAGCUUGUGGAGGAAUCGCAAGAGGCGGACCGGGAGGGACUACGAGCAGCCCGCAAGGCCGACCGCAAGCUACAAAAGGAACGCCUGGAGGAGCUGGUGCCCCGCGCCGAGACUGGCACGCGCGAGCGCAAGCUGGAGAAGCGGCAAGAGGUCAACGACAAGAUGCGGCAGUUUCGGGAAAAGAGCCCCGGCGGGGAGGUGCGCGACAGCGAGCUGAUGGGCGGCGGCGACAGCCUGGAGGAGUACAAGAAGGCCAAGGAGAGGGAGCAGCGGCGCAAGUCGGAGCGGGAGAUUCGGCGGGAGGAGAUGGAGCGGGCGAGGAGGGAGGAGAUUGAGGCCAAGAGGAGGGCGUGGCAGGAGAAGGAGGACCGGACGGUGAGCAUGCUGAGGGAGUUGGCCAGACAGCGGUUUGGGGGAGCUUGA